AUGUCUUCCACUUCAUCUCCCGUCUCCCUGAAUGAAAAGGCCGUCGAGGCCCUUCCCACUGCACAUCGCCUUCCCACGGGAAAUGGCUCCGAUGCAACAGUCACCAAUCUCACCACCGAGUCAGGCCGUCUUCAUGCUCUCGAACAGCUAGAGGUCCUCCCCAAGAUACUACAGGAGGGGAUCCUCUUCGCAGGAUCGGGAGCCACCCUGCUGCUGCAAGCUGCCAUGCCGGCCAUUCGUGAUGCCGGUCCCAACACCGGAGGUCACAAGGAACUGGCCACCGAGCUGAUCGAGGCUCUACAGGCCAACAUCAGCUACCUCUCCUGUCUGGUCUUCGGCACCCGCGAGGAGCGCAAGACUCUCAUUGACCUUCUGCUCAGUGGGAAUCCACCCCUGCUCGGCGGCGGUCGGUCCAACCGCUUCACCGAGCACCCGGAACUGAGGCGGUGGCAGGCGGCGACGCUGUACGCGACCGCGACAGACUUCUACCAGCGGGUCUAUGGCCGGGUCGACUACGCCAGUGCCGAGCGGGCUUAUAGCGAGUUUGCUCUGCUCUUGAACUGCAUGGGGGUGCCACCGGGCACCUGGCCUGAAUCCCGUCAGGCCUUCUGGGCCUACUGGGAUGACCAGGUAUCCAAGUUGACGGUCUCGGAGGACGCGGCACUGUUUGCCAAGGAUCUCCGUGAGAGCCAUGAGAUGCCCCGCUGGGUGCAGUCGUUGAAGCCUUUCCUGCGUGUUGUUACGAUUGAGAUGCUGCCCCCAAGUUUGCGUGAGGCGUACGAAUUGAAGUCGACUGUCGCGACCCGCACCCUCUACCGCACCUGGAUGGGUUUCUCGGUCGCAGUGUAUCCAGCGAUGCCGAAUAAGUGGAGGGCGUAUCCUCUGCGAUUCUACCAGGACCGUCUCAAGGAGAAGUUGAAUGUGGUUUGA